UGUGGUAUAGGGUCUAACUUUCAGACCUAUAUCACAGAUUUUUCGUGCUACGGUGCUACCUAUGGAUGCAAUGAAAGUUUGGAACCUAUAGCAUCAAAAAGUUCAACGACUUCAUGUUCUCGCCAUCGUUGUGUUCAAUAACCUGUCACUUUUAAGUCCUGUAACUUCUAAUUCUUCUUCAGUAUGACAGACAAGAUAUCUCUGAAGCCAGCGCUCGCAGUUCUGGAGAAUGGGCAAUCUGACGAGCUCCAGACUCCAUCGUCAAUCACUGCGGUAACAGAUCCAGACAACCUAGAGGAAGGAGAGAUUUCCGAGGAAGACGCAUCAAGUACUGCUUCAACUCCUCCCGAAAUUGCGGGCCAGCUGUUGAAUAUAUCAAGUGGCACAAGUCUUCCCUCUGAAUCUGUUCAGAGCUCCCGUUUACCUUCUCCCUCAAUCAUCGCCGCGACAUCAACACCACAAGAUUCGGGUAUGGGACCUAUGACUCGCCAAGACUUGGAUCACACCAAGAACCUCGUACUUGAUCUCCUAGGCUGGGGCGUUUCUCCUGAAUAUCUGGUCGAGGCUGGUGUAUCGGCGGGUGUAAUAUACAGGGUGUUUACCGAUCUCAAUCUCCGUCUUCCUACAAAUCUUGUUCUUCCUCCCACUCAGCCCUUGUCGCCUUCUGGUGUACGAUAAGCGUCUGUUUCCUCACUGUUCGGAGAUUCCGCAUUCUGUAAUCGCAUUGCCGCCUUCUGUUUUCGAUACUUUUUCUCCCAGCAUAUCGAAUCAUUCAUUUUUCGAGUUUUGCGCGGGAUGUCUGAUUUUACCGUAAGCUAUUGUCAUAAUCCCUUAGCGUAUAAAUUGUGUUCGA